AUAGGGGACUAAGUUGUUAUUAAUGGAAUGUAAUUAAUUAAAGUGUUUUAGAAAGUAGAAAUAUGUUUAAUUAUUCUCUUAAAUUAAGUCAAUAUGAUUAGUUUAAUGGAUCUUUUGUCUGUAUUUCUGUAGUUUUGGUUUAGGCGGGUCAUGUGAUGCAGCUCCAGUCUCAUCCACCAAUCGUUCUGGCCUCCUGCAGUGCCUGGAAACAUUCAGAUCCACUAUCGCCCCAUGACGUCACAGCGAUGAGGUAUCAGCUGACUGACUCGCACGUCACAUGAGCCCCUCAUCUGCUGAGAGGGCCAGCCCGUGGAUUAAUCAGCAGAUAUAUAAUUAAUAAAUCUAUAUCUGCUGAAUCAUCUAGAUCAGCUAUAUUAUAGCUAUAUGCACCGACGCAAACACGAGUAACAUCUGAAAUACUGUGUAUCCAAUUCAGCAGUUUGCUCGGGGGAAGUCUAUUUAAAGCUCUGAAACGCUAUGCCUCUGUUGGAGAUGGCUGCUUUAAGAACAUUGCGUCUAUUGCGUGAUCAUAAGCGCCGCUCUAUAUUUAUCUGAAUCACAUGGGGCUCACCGGAGGGCACACAAGAUGUUGCUGCUGAGACUCCACACCUCCUGUAGACCCGGGUCACAGCUGAAGCAGCCAGGUUGUAUUGCAAAUUCAAACUGGAGAACUUUGAAUGCAGUGUGGAGAUCUGUGACCGGGACUGGAAAUGCUUCUUUGCAGAGUGCGAACAGUGCAACCUGCUUCCUCCCUCAUCAGCAGGUGUGGAUUCGGGGAUGAGUGACAUUGAUGAGACGGGGUCCAUUCUUGCUAAGAGGCUUCAGAAAGUCAACUGAACAGCAGGCCAUUCAGAGGCUGACCGCCCCAUCGAUGGCCCCCCGGACUGCGAGGGCUCUCCUGUGGAGCAUUACCUCAGCAGACACGCCGUCGCUGGAAUGGAGAGCGUGCUCUCUGGCAGCGAGGAGGAUAUAGACCUGCAGUCUGUCAAUAUAUUCUUUGAAAAACUGAACAAUCUUACAGAGGCUGAGAGACCUACUGAGCCAAGCCAAGCGAGGGGUGGGAAAAACAGAGAGGCAAUGGAAGAGGAGUGGUUUAGUGAUGGGAAACGAGCCAGCUGCAGUUCUUGGCAAAAAAAAAUCCCCAACUCUCUGUCCGCCAGCGGUGAAAGAGCAGUUGGCAAAGAGACCACACAGCCCGUUGACACCAUCAGCAAUAUAAACGCAAUGAAAAAAGAUGUGCUUGGCUCCAAGAUUUCCCCUGAUCCUGCAGCCAGUAACGCUGUGCUCCAGACUAACAAAUCAGCAAACCCUAAAACGAGGUUAUUCACCAGAGAGGAGGCCUGCACCGAAACCAGAGUAAAUGAAGCAACACAGCUGAAUCAGUCUCGUGACUCACCGGCGUGCAUCAUCUGCUCAGAAACAGCAGCUCAUGCUGACGGUGGGACAACCGGGGAAACGCGCACACCUUUAAAUUCAGUUUAUCAGGAAGAUUUGUUGAUUGAUUCGCCGAUUAAUCUCGAAAUGGUGACGCAUGUCAACAGGAAAGGAGGUCAAAACGCUGAUGUUUUACAGUCGGACGCAACACGCACCAACAAAGCCGCCAGCCAAGAAUCGUCUCAUUUUGCCUCUAUUAAACGAAAGAGAAGGAAGAAGAGACGGCUUAGUGUCGAGCCAGCCCACGGUGUGCAUGGACACGACGGGCAGGUUUUCGUCAGGCAUAGUGAUUCAGAGGAAGAACGGCAUGCAUGGAGAGGAGGAACUGUUCUGUGUCUAUCUCAGGAUAAGAAUUUAUCUCAUUUAAACGAACCCCCUGUCAAAAAAAUUAUUUCAUCUUUAACCAGUUAUUCAACCACCAGCAAUCUCCCAGUGAAUAUAUCUGUGAAGGAGAUCAAAGUAGAUCUUGCUCACUACAAUACACACCGAUGUCUACAAGAGAGCAUAGUAAGAAAGGGAAGGUGUACAGCAUUAAACCCAGCUGAAAAUAAUCCGCCUCACGAAAAAGCCCCGAGUCAAACUGAUGACAGAGCAAUGUCAGCGCCACACGACAGCGGUAAUAUGGCAACACAUUUACAACUUAGCAGCAGAUUACAUACAGUUAGAAUUACUGACGGUGUGACCGGUAGAUCGGGCCCGUCCACAGAAGCGGAACACUGUGGAAGAAAUGACUCUCAUGCAGGGAGUCUCCAGAAGUCUGACCAAAUGAAUCAUUCUAUCAAUUGUUGUGAAGAUGAACAAAAUCCAGAGUCUUGCACAGCAGACAUCAAAUCAAUAAGAAUCACAACAAGCGCAGAGUCAAAUGAUCUCGCAGUGGAAAUCAGCCAAAAGGACAAACUAUCCGUGGCUAAGUCGGUCCUGGCUGUGGAGGCUGGACAUGCUGGACAUGCUGGCAGAGACGAGCACAUGCUGUGUCAAAGAGAAGCUGAGCCCCAACAUCAGUUGGGAAUUGACUGUCAAGACGCAGACACAGAUAGAUUUACUCUGAAAGGGACUCGUCUGUCUGGAAGCAGUUCUGAUGACACAAAACCCAAGAAAUUCAAACCUGGAGCCUGUCCCUCCUUGGAGAUGUCCAGUCAAGUGGACCGUGCUGAAUCAACAUCAGAUGCCAGCAGUGCAUUGGCCAAUGAACACUUUCUGGCUCAAAGUCCCACCAGUUUUGAUUUAGAGACUACAGCACGGCCAACGGAACAUCCACUGGUGCCUCACACAUUAUCCAAACGUUCUGUUUUGUCAGAGAGAAACACAACAGUAGAGGGAGCUGAAUUGGCAGCAUCACAAAUAAUGGCUUUUCAAAGUGGGAAUCCCCUUCGAUCUGGUGACAUCACAGUUAAACGUCAGAGAGAAACCGAACCGUCCAUGUCUGAAGACUUGCCAACAAGUCCACCAGUUAUUACACCAGUGUCUUCCUGCUGCACUCUGGACACAGAAUCUGUCAUGUCAAUCUCGAAUGAAAAUGUCACAGACAUGUCAGGAAGUUCUUGUUUAUCUGUCAAUCAAAAUGGCCGUGGAGAUCAAGGAGAAGCAUCAUCACCAAUGCUGGAAAAACUCCAGGAAGGAGAUGGCACGUCUGAAUGCAAAAGCCAGUCGGUAUCAAAUGACACAACAGAUCUAAAAUGUGAUUCAGGGGUCAAAGCAGAAGGAAUCAUCACGGCAUUUAAAGCAGAACGUGAACCUCCGAAGGCACCAGACUCGAAGCAUUCAGUGUUCACGAUGUCUUCUUUUUGGACAGAGAUGGAGAAGCUGACAAUAAACGAUAUUCUGAGUUUACGCAUGAUCAGCAAAGCCGCUUCAUCCAGCUCCCUCCCACCGUUACAGGAAAGUGAGAAGACGAGCAUGUUUGCUCUGACGGAUUCAAGCUUUUUGACUCAACCGGAUGAGUCCAAGCCUGACCCGACCAAUGGAGACGCACCGAGCGAUUCUCACUCUAUAGAAACAAGUUCAGGUUCUGUUCUAGCCGCCAAUCCUUUCUCUUCCAGCGGUGUCAUGUGGGAGAGUCUAGAGGCUGAUGUUUACCCUGAGAAUAUGAUGUUGACAUCUGUUGGGGACAUUUCUCAACCAGCUCCCUCUGAAGGGGCUCAAGAGUCCCUCCGAAAUAUUUCUAAGAACGUAACCGUGCAUAAUCUACACGCCCUGGGAUCUGAGUCUUUGAGAUGCUCAAGGACAGUCCAAACUUUACAAACCUUAGAUGAGGGAGGAUUACAAAACGUAGAGUAUUUCACUGAUGGACACGGGCCUAAGCAAGAAGAAGACACAGACUCUUUAGCUUCAUUAUCAACAGACGGCUACAGGAUAUCUCUCUCAGCUAUAUUUCAUUAUCUCUUCAGUGGAAAGCAAUCAGUUCCCAGCCAAUCGGCCACAGAUAUCAUUACCAGCUGCUACAUUGAGGGAAAUUCUGUCCCUGAAACGUAUGACCUUUUCUUCUCAGAGUUUGAGAUCGAGAGCUUCUUCUACCCUCUCAUCCUUGCAGAAGAUCAAACCAAAGACGAGCUGGUUCCUGUCGUUUCCUAUUCUCGCUCUGCGAACAGAAGUCUAGAGUUCCCUGAGGCUUACGAUCACUUCAUGGCAUCCUCUUCUUCUGAGGAGUCGUCUGUAGACUCUGAUGAAGAAGAUAGUGGCGGUCCUGUGAGGGUGGUGACCAGGUUCAACCAUGCAUCAAGUACAUCUCCGAUUUCCACAGACAUAUAUGAGCAUUUCUUCUCAGAUAGUGACCUCAGACAGAAUUUUUUUUGGAAAACCACACUCUCCUUCAGGAAUAUUAGUCUAUAUGGAUCUACAGCCCAGAAGCAGACUCUCUCAAACCCUCCAUCUCGUGUACCUGUGAGGCAAAGCGGCCGCUUCUUUGGAAAGACAGUUCCUCCUCUAAAUGCUCUGGGGUAUGGAGACGCGAUGUUUCCUGAGCCCCUUUUGUGCCAGCAGCCUUCCCGAAACGAGGACUUCCAGACGGCUGUUUCCAAUCCAGGGUUGAAUGCCUCCCUUCUGCCUCUCAGACAGUCAGACAUGUGUCUGGUUUGUAUUGCAUUUGCUUCGUGGGUACUGAAGACUGCAAAUCCACAAGUUGAAGACACCUGGAAGGCUGUUCUGCUGGCGAAUGUAAGUGCUCUGUCAGCCAUCCGAUACCUGCGUGAAUACGUCAAGACGGAGGCGGCCGCCAGCGAGGAGAACAUGAAUUACACCGCCGCGUCUGAUUCCCGAUGCCUCUAACUACGUCACGCUUAAAGGGAAACAUUGUUCCUCGAACACUCGAUACACGCCAGAGCAAGACCGCAGGCCGUCGUGGAAUUUGUGAAGAUAUGCUGCUACAAGUUUGCUUUAUGUAUUUGCACUCUAAUUGUUUUAUGGAUCUUGUGUUUAAUUGAUCUUUCCAUUGAGAGGACAUAGAAAAGUAUUUCAGUUUAUAGCAGUUGCUUUAAUUCUUGAUUCUAGAUUAAUUUGACACUUUGAUGAUCUUUACCUUUAUGAAAGUAUCCUUAUGAAAUAUGAAAUGACCAAAAAAACACCCUGACAAAACCUUAUACUAAUUUGAGGGAUUGUAUGUUGUGCCAGUAUCAGUUUUAAGUUUUAUUAAGGGCAUUUUGAUCCUGAUAGAUGACUUGUAUGUGUUCUUUUGUAUAGAUGUUUCUGUGUUUCAGUUUAACUAAAGUAAACAAUGUGUCUGUGA